UUACCGAUAUUGUAUACUGGCCAAAGAAUAGGCAUUGUGAAUCUAUCAAAGAUAUUCCUGAUAGUACAGCACUCUCAAUUCAUGAUCCCAUUACAAGAUAUCGAAAUUCAUAUCUUAAUGGAGAAGGUGGAUCUGGUAAAACAACACGUAAAAUUCAAGUCUAUCAAAGUAAUGGUAUAGGAGAAUGGACACCUGAAUACAUAGGAGAAAAGAAAUUUCCACGAGUUGUUAUUUGGAAUGAGGACGAUGCACAACCUCUACCAUUCUUUGGAGAAAUGCCUUAUAAUUGGUUAAAAGAGCAUGCCGAUUAUUACGAGGAAGUUUCAACUGAUUAUCGAGCAAAAUACCUCAAGUUACGUGAACUCAAAAAAGACAUGCGUCGCAAAAAUAAUCGAAUACAAUCAAAAUUAUUUCGAGGAAUUCUCCCAACUAUAGAAAAAUGGGAACGUCUCGAAAAAGAAUGA